UUGACAUUUGUUUUGGCAACUUUUCCCGCUAGUAUAGAUAACUGAAACUAGUGAAAUCUGUUGACGUUUACAUAUUUCGCGAUGAAACUAAUCUUAUAAAAGUAAAAUAAAUGUGUUGCUUUCAAUAUAGUGGCUAAAAUAACUUUGUAAGUUUAACCAAAUCAUUAAAAGUAAGUGUCAAAUAGCUAUCACUUCCGUUCACAACAGGAAAAGGAAGUGUUAUGGCGACAGCAUGGUGUAGGUUCAGCAGUGCAGCAGUAUGACUACUGAUCUGUGCACGGAAGAUGUCGUAGUCCAGAUCACAGCUCCACACAUCAUCUCGCCGGAGACGGAGGCGAGUCAGGGCGGCGGCGGCGGCGGCGGCGGCGGCACCCGGACAGCAGGCGCGGCGGGUGGCGGCGGCGAGGGCGGCGUGCCGCGCGUGGUGAAGCUGGGGCGGCGGCUGCUGCUGGCGGCGCGCGCCGGCGACACGGCGCUCGUGCUCGAGCUGAUGGCCGAGGGCGCGCCGUUCACCACCGACUGGCUGGGCACGUCGCCGCUGCACCUGGCGGCCAGCAACGCGCACGUGGACACGUGCGCCGUGCUGCUGCGCGCGGGCGUGUCGCGCGACGCGCGCACCAAGGUGGAGCGCACGCCGCUGCACCUGGCCGCGUACGCGGGCCACGCGGCCGUGGCGCGGCUGCUGCUGCGGCACGGCGCCGCCGUCGACUGCCGCGACAUGCUGCGCAUGACGCCGCUGCACUGGGCGGCCGAGCGCGGCCACGCCGCCGUGGCGGCGGCGCUGCUGCAGCACGGCGCCGACCCGCGCGCGCUGUGCAAGUUCCGCCGCACGCCGCGCCAGCUGGCCGCGCGCCGCCGCCACGCGCACCUCCUCGCGCUGCUGGACGCCGCGCCGGCCGCCUCCACCGCCGCCGCCGCCGAUGAAAUCCUGGAAGAAAAUGAGGAGCUGCAUUCACAGGAGUUCCCCACGUUACAAAGGAUAUCAGAAAUUAAAACCAAUAUGUCGAUGCCGAAGAUACAAGAGGAAGCUAUGAAGACAGAGGAAAAUUGCGAGGCGAACGAAUCUCAUAGCACGAGCGGAGGGAACGACGCGGACGAAGGAGGAGGAGGGGGCGGCGGUGGAGGAAACGAAAGCGAGACGGCGGCGGCGGCGCUGCUGCGGCGGCACGGCAUCACGCUGCUGCCCACCGACGACGGCAGCACCGUGCUGUCCGCGCUGCAGAGUGGACGCACCGUCGUGCUGUCCGACGCGGGAAAACUAAUGUUAAAAGAAAGCGGAGAGAAGACGCAGCCGACGACGCCGGCUGCGUCGAGCAAGCUCGCGGGGCAACAGAAGGGCGUCGUGCUAACUGCGACGCCGGUCAAGACGCCGCCCAAGCCGGGCGUCAAGAUAUUCACUAUCAACAACAAGCUGCUCGCCAUCCCCAAGGAUAACAACAAGUUACCCAUCAAGAAGAUAAUAAACCCACAGGAUAUGCAGAUCGUGAACGUGGAUGGCACGCAGGUGAAGUUCGUGCAGCUGGCCGCGGACGCCAAGAUCGUGUCGCCGCGGAAGCCGGUGCAGCUUAAGGCGAAGGCGAAGCUCGCGCCGCGCCCGCCCGUCAAGAUCAUCAUGAACAAGGCCAACUACGACAGGCUCGUCGCCGGCGCCGCGCCGUCCGCGCCGUCCACGCCGGCCGCGCCGGUUACGCUCCAGCCGAGCGCGGGUACGGGCGCGGCGGAGGGUGCGGAGGGUGCGGAGGGUGCGAGGGGUGCGGAUGGUGGUGCGGAGGCGGAGGGCGAGGAGGAGCGGACGCGGCUGCGCACGCAGCUGGCGGCGGCGCGGCGCGCGGUGGCGGCGGCGCUGUCGGCCGAGCUGGCCGCCUGCCGCGCCCGCCUCGCACGCAUCGAGCGGCCGCACUGACCGCUCGCCCCGGGACCCGCUCCUCCAUACUGUGAUACGCGACACUACUAGCGGAGGGCGAGGACGAGCGGACGCGGCUGCGCACGCAGCUGGCGGCGGCGCUGUCGGCCGAGCUGGCCGCCUGCCGCGCCCGCCUCGCACGCAUCGAGCGGCCGCACUGACCGCUCGCCCCGGGACCCGCUCCUCCAUACUGUGAUACGCGACACUACUAGCGGAGGGCGAGGACGAGCGGACGCGGCUGCGCACCAGCUGGCGGCGCUGUCGGCCGAGGUGCCCGCCUGCCGCGCCCGUACUGACUAGUCGCACCGGGACCUACUCCUCGAUACUGUGAUACGCGACACACUACUAACAGGGAACCGUGCCGAACAGGUUCCGAACUGACAGUGACUUUUUUACUUUUGUAUCUGUACCUAUAGUUCGUAGUAGAUCGAUUUUUGAAACGAAACUCAGCCAUUUCGGUUAUUUUUGCGACAAUAUACGUAGUAGAUAUAAAUCUCACUUGCGGCAAAUUUAAACUUCGUUUAGGUGGAUGAGUAGAAAAUCAAAGACCACUCUCCUUCUUAGAGCAUUCCUCAAAAGAUGUAAUUUACAAAAAGCUCUCGCUUCUGCUGAGAUAGUAAAAUGUAUCGACUAAGUCUUAUUCCUACAAUUAGUAGAGAGUUCUUCUAGAUAAAUAUUAUAUGACAUAGUAUUUCCAAGAUUUAAUGCUCUAAGACCGGAUAGUAUAAUAUCAUUGUAUAGUAUUAUUGUUGAUAAAUAAAAACAAAUUACAAGA